AUGACUGUGAAGCUGAUCCCAGAGACCAGAGGUGGAGGACCAGGGGGAGGACCAGGGGGAGGACCAGGGGAGGACCAGGGGAGGACCAGGGGAGGACCAGGGGGAGGACCAGGGGGAGGACCAGGGGGGGAGGACCAGGGGGAGGACCAGGGGGAGGACCAGGGGGAGGACCAGGGGGGAGGACCAGGGGGGAGGACCAGGGGGGGAGGACCAGGGGGGGAGGACCAGGGGGGGAGGACCAGGGGGAGGACCAGGGGGAGGACCAGGGGGAGGACCAGGGGAGGACCAGGGGGAGGACCAGGGGGAGGACCAGGGGGAGGACCAGGGGGGGAGGACCAGGGGGAGGACCAGGGGGAGGACCAGGGGGAGGACCAGGGGAGGACCAGGGGAGGACCAGGGGAGGACCAGGGGGAGGACCAGGGGGAGGACCAGGGGGAGGACCAGGGGGGGAGGACCAGGGGGAGGACCAGGGGGAGGACCAGGGGGGAGGACCAGGGGGGAGGACCAGGGGGGGAGGACCAGGGGGGAGGACCAGGGGGGAGGAGGUGGGGGCUGUGUCUCUGGUGCCUGCUGCAGUGA